CAAGAAGACUAGUGAAAGAUUCAUUGGAAUAUACAUGACAAGAAACCCUUACAUUCUGGUAAUAGAUCCAAGUCUUGCUCGAGAAAUUAUGGUUACCAAUUUCAAAGCAUUCCAUGACAAUGAACCGUCUUUAUGGGCCAGUCCGGAUAAGGAAGAAGUCGCAUCACGGAAUCCAUUUAUGACCUCUGGUUCAAAGUGGAAGCAAAUCAGGAGUGAAUUUGUAGCGGGAUUAAGUCCAAGCAGGAUCAAACUUGCAUAUCCGAUUGUGUUGGAAAUCAGCAAGAAGCUUGUCAGCUAUGUGAAGGAGACAACUCAGAAAUCAGGCAAAAAGAUUGAAGUUAAAAAUCUCUGUUACAGAUAUACCACUGAAAUUGUUGGAGACUUUGUUUGGGGCAUUAAUGCUGAUGCUCUGAAUACCAACGAAGCACCCAAUCAAAUGUUAGAAAUGUCCAGAAAGCUGCUAAAUGAUUCGUUUAUGCAAAUUGGAUUCUACUACCUAUCGGGACUGUUGCCACGUUUUGUUGCAAAAAUGUUGACCUCACGAUUUUAUCCCGAAGGAACUGAUAAUUUCUUCUCACAAGUUCAAAAAGAUGCUCUUGCAAUGCGUCUUAAUAAUAAGAACGAUCGUGCGGAUUUCCUCAACUAUAUGAUUCAGCUGCAGGAGAAGAAAGGUAUAAGUCAUUUCGAUACUGUCGGACACAGUUUGACUGUUUUAUUGGAUGCUUUCGAGACAACGGGUUCUAUUAUUGCUCAUACUUUGUUUUUUUUGGCUGAUAACCAGAAUGCCCAGAAAAAGUUAAGAGAAGAAAUCAUGGCUAAUGUAGAUGAAAACGGUCUUAUUAGUUUCGAUACUUUGUCGGAACUACCAUAUUUGGAUCAAUGCAUCAGUGAAACAAUUCGAAUCAUUACUGUUAUUUCGGUCACCUCAAGAAGAUGCACUGAGGAAACAUAUUUGGAAAAUAGAGAAAACCACAAGGUUAAGAUCAAACCAGGAAUGAUUAUCUAUGUUCCAACUUAUGCCAUCCAUAAUGAUCCGGAUAUUUACCCCAAGCCAGAGGAAUACAUUCCAGAACGUUUUGAUAAUGGUCGAGCAAAGGAACUCAACCAGAAAGGGCAUUUCUUUCCUUUUGGUGAUGGACCAAGGAUUUGUGCUGGAAUGAGAUUAGGACUUUUGGAAGCGAAAACUGGAAUUUUUGAAAUUAUUAAAAAUUUUAAUUUAAAGAAAAGCGAACAUUCUGCUAAAACGAUUGAUCCGACUUCAUUUCUUCUUGGUUUAGGUGGUGAUUUGUUUGUGGAAUUUGAACAAAUAGAUCAAUUCGUGUUUAAAUCUCUUUACGUCAAUAUAUUGAUAGAAGUUAAAAUGGAAAUUUGUACGUUUAUUUUGUGUUGCCUUAGUGCAGUUCUGGGGGCUAUUUACUUGUAUUUAUCUUGGAAUUUCAAUUUCUGGAAGAAACGGGGAGUAGCAGGUCCUGAACCAAAAUUGAUUUUAGGAACUAUUCCUUGCAUUAUCAAAAGGGACCGCAAUUUAGCCUUUGAAUUGCAAGACUUAUAUGAAAAAUACAAGAAGACUGGAGAAAGAUUCAUUGGAGUUUUCAUGACAAGAAAUCCUCAAAUCUUGGUCAUUGAUCCGCUAUUAGCUCGAGAAGUAAUGGUAACAAACUUUAAAUGUUUUCGCGCUAAUGAACAAACUUCAUGGGUAAAUAGAAAGUUAGAAGAGGUAUCUACCAUGAAUCCGUUCUUGAAUUCUAAUUCAACUUGGAAGGAAUUACGAAGUGAUGUUAUUGGAGGACUUAGUAACCAAAGGAUAAAACAAGCAUAUCCUAUUGCUUUGGAAGUCUGUAAGAAGCUGAAUAACUUUAUUAAGGCACAUUCUCAAAAAUCAGAUCACAAAAUUGAAGUCAAAAGUCUUUGCUACAAAUAUACCAUUGAAAUCAUAUCUGACUUUGUUUGGGGUGUGAAUGCCGAUGCUUUGAACAUAGACGAACCCCCAAAUCAAAUGUUGAAGAUGGCUAGAAAAUUGGUCGAUGAUAUCUUAACGAACAUUGGACUUCAUUAUUUGUGGGGUCUAGCCCCACCAUUUUUACGAAAUCUCUUUGCUGGCCGGUUUUAUCCCAUUGAAACGGACAAUUUCUACACUCAAGUCCAAAAAGAUGCCUUAGAAAUGAGACUACGCCAUAAGACGGAUCGUUCGGAUUUCCUUGACUAUUUGAUUCAAUUGCAGGAAAAGAAGGGCAUAAGUCAUAUGAAUAUGGUUGGACAUAGCGCGACGGUUUUACAUGAUGGUUUCGAAACAGCAGGGAAUGUGUUCACCCAUACUUUGUAUUUCUUGGCCAAUAAUCAGACAACUCAGAAUAAGCUUAGGGAAGAAAUAAUGGCCAAUUUGGAUAAAAAUGGCUGUCUCAGCUAUGAUGUUUUGGUAGAACUUCCAUAUUUGGAACAGUGUAUAAAUGAAACACUCCGUUUGGUAACUCUUAUUCCUGUUGCCACAAGAGUAUGCAGUGAAGAGACAACUUUGGAAAAUAGAAAAGGCCACAAAGUAAAAAUUGAACAAGGAAUGGUUGUUCACAUUCCCACGUAUUCGUUCCACAAUGAUCCGGAAGUAUAUCCCAAACCAGGAGACUAUACUCCGGAACGUUUCGAUAAUGGUCGAGCAAAAGAACUGAAUCAGAAAGGGCACUUACUUCCAUUCGGUGAUGGACCAAGAAUUUGUGUCGGAAUGAAACUUGGAAAGUUAGAAGUUAAAGCUGGUCUUGUUGAAAUAUUGAAAAACUACUAUGUUAAGAAAGCAGAUAAUUAUGAACGAUUUAUUGAUCCAACAUCAUUUCUACUUGGUUUGAGUGGUGAUAUAUUUUUAGAAUUUGAAAGUAUUCAAGAGUGACAUGACAGUGUUUAAAUAUUGUAUAAUUGCAUUAAUAAAUUGAAAUGGGUCCUUGGCUACGAUGGA